GAGAUGAGUGUGUCAGGGGACAGAGAGCGGUCAGUCACUCCCCUUACUCACUGGCAGUCUCUGGAAGUUAGGCUCUGUUUUUUUCUUUUUUUGUCACACGACACGCAGGGUCUUAGUUCCCCUACCAACGAUCAAACCCGCGCCUCCUGCAGUGGAAGUGGGGAGUCUUAACCACUGGACCGCCAGGGAAGUCCCUAGGCUCUGUUUCUCCCCGCCCCUCUCCCUCCCGCCCCCUGGGGCUGGUUCUAACCUCCCUAGGUCCCCCUCCUUUGGCUCCUUACAGAUCCUCCCCUCUCAAUAUUUUAUCCUGAUUCCCUUCUGGUUAAGUCCAGGCUCUAGAAGAGGAUGCUGGUCUCUAAAGCAGGCGGCUUUCUCCUUCCCCAGGCCUCAUUUAUAGAGGAGAAAAUAAGAAUGGAUGAAUGACAUCAAGAGGCACACACAGAGGCAAUGGCAGAAUUACAAGCUUUACAAGAAAUGUCACCAGAUCCGUCAUGGCAGAGCACCAAGAAGUGCUCCUGUGUGAAGAUAACGGACCCAUUUCUUGCGGCUCCUCAGGCGCGCGGAGUUUGCGGCGUACCUGCGGAGAUCGUACCUGCGGAGAUCGCACCUGCGGAGGGCUUACCUGCGCCUGAGGAGGAGGAAGGGCAAGAUCCAGCCUGAGGGACCCGCGCUCCAGCCUUUCUGCAUAAGGGCGGUCCCCGGGUGGGGCGAAGCUCCCCCGUCUUUACUCUCGUCCCGACCCCAGCGUGGGCCACCGGCUACAAGAUGAACUGUCGCUCCGAGGUGCUGGAGGUGUCGGUGGAGGGGCGGCAGGUGGAGGAGGCCAUGCUGGCCGUGCUGCACACGGUGCUCCUGCACCGCAGCACCGGCAAGUUCCACUACAAGAAGGAGGGCACCUACUCCAUCGGCACCGUGGGCACCCAGGACGUUGACUGCGACUUCAUCGACUUCACCUACGUGCGCGUCUCGUCUGAGGAGUUGGACCGCGCCCUGCGCAAGGUCGUCGGGGAGUUCAGGGAUGCUCUGCGAAACUCCGGGGGCGAUGGGCUGGGCCAGAUGUCCUUGGAGUUCUAUCAGAAGAAGAAGUCUCGCUGGCCUUUCUCAGACGAGUGCAUCCCCUGGGAGGUGUGGACGGUCAAGGUGCACGUGGUGGCCCUGGCCACGGAGCAGGAACGGCAGAUCUGCCGGGAGAAGGUGGGUGAGAAGCUCUGCGAGAAGAUCACCAACAUUGUAGAGGUGAUGAACCGGCACGAGUACCUGCCCAAGAUGCCCACGCAGUCGGAGGUGGACAACGUGUUUGACACAGGCUUGCGGGACGUGCAGCCCUACCUCUACAAGAUCUCCUUCCAAAUCACCGACGCCCUGGGCUCCUCCGUCACCACCACCAUGCGCAGGCUCAUCAAAGACACCCUGGCCCUCUAGGUGUCGCUGGGGCCUCGGGCGCUCCUUGAUGGCUUGCGGACCUUGGCUUCUGGGGAUCGUACUGUUAGGCCCUGUUAGCCCUUGGGGCUCUGGAACCCGCUCCAGGUCCUUGAUGAGAUCUGGAAGGGCCACCCCUGGCUUCCUGGUGUGUGGUUGCCAGUCUCUGGUCAUCCUUGUCACCUUCACUGAUGGUCAGGUCCGGCCUACACUGUCUCUCCGCGCCCCUGGUGGGGGUCCCCUUUCCUACGCUGUACAGAGGACAUCACUAGGCUGGUGAAUAAAGUUGAGAAUGUGA